UCCCCAAUGGAAGAGAGAACACAGUUCGGAUCUAUUUAAAUGUUUUGUGUAGGCUUAUAUCAUGAUCUUUUUUCAGUCGAGAUAGUAAAUAUUUAAAUAUUUAAGUCGAGAGAUUGUCAGGGGGACUGUUUUGGUGUCCACCAUGCAUAAAAAUUUACGUUAUCAAAGCAGAGAAUUGCCGAAAACGGAAUUAUCAUCCCUCAUGUGAAGUCUAUGGUAGUUGUUUUGUAUAGCAGAAAUUUGAACAAAAUAGUGUCUCAAGGAAACACCCGAAGCGUAGAAACUGUAUUCUGGACGAGCAUUCAUUUAAUUUUCGAAAACACGGUGCCCUGAGCCAUGGGGGCGUUCCUGGACAAACCGAAGACGGAGAAACACAACGCUCACGGCGCGGGGAACGGCCUUCGUUUCGGCCUCAGCAGCAUGCAGGGCUGGCGGGUGGAGAUGGAGGACGCGCACACGGCCGUCGUCGGCCUGCCCCACGGCCUCGACGACUGGUCCUUCUUCGCCGUGUACGACGGGCACGCCGGCUCCCGCGUGGCCAACUACUGCUCCAAACACCUGCUGGAUCACAUCAUCAGCAGCAGCGAGGACUUCCGGCCCGGGCCCGACUCGGUGGAAGGCGUGAAGAGCGGCAUCCGAUCGGGUUUCCUGAAGAUCGACGAGUACAUGCGUAACUUCUCCGACCUGCGUAACGGCAUGGACCGCAGCGGCUCCACGGCGGUGGCCGUCCUCCUGUCUCCGGAACACCUCUACUUCAUCAACUGCGGCGACUCCAGGGCCGUCCUGUGCCGAGCCGGGCAGGUCCGGUUCUCCACGCAAGACCACAAACCCUGCAACCCGCGCGAGAAAGAACGCAUCCAGAACGCCGGCGGCUCGGUCAUGAUCCAGAGGGUUAACGGGUCGCUGGCCGUGUCGCGCGCGCUCGGGGACUACGACUACAAGUGCGUGGACGGCAAGGGCCCCACGGAGCAGCUGGUGUCGCCCGAACCCGAGGUGUUCGAGAUCGCUCGCUCGCCGGAGGAGGACGAGUUUGUGGUGCUGGCCUGUGACGGCAUCUGGGACGUGAUGAGCAACGAGGAGCUGUGCGAGUUUGUCCGCUCUCGGCUGGAGGUGUGGGACGACCUGGAGAGAGUCUGCAACUCGGUGGUGGACACCUGCCUACAUAAGGGGAGUCGUGACAACAUGAGCGUUGUGCUGGUCUGUUUGCCCAACGCGCCUAAGGUGUCAGAGGAGGCGGUGAAGAGGGAGGCCGAACUGGACAAGUUCUUGGAGUCCCGCGUAGAGGAAAUCAUGGAGAAGUCGGGGGAGGAGGGGCUCCCAGACAUGAUGCAUGUCAUGCGCAUCCUCUCCAGUGAGAACAUCCCAAAUUUACCACCGGGAGGUGGACUAGCCAGCAAGCGCAGUGUAAUCGAGGCAGUGUACAACAGGCUAAAUCCACACAGAGAGGAAGACGGGGACGCUGAAGGAGGCGCUGCCGCUGAGGACCAGGGCAGUGCCACCGCCCACCUGCUGGAGGCGCUCCGCCAGUUCCGCAUCAGUCACCGGGGAGAGUACCGGCACGUUCUGGAGGAGGCGCUCUCCAGCUACCGGAUGUCCUGCGAGACGGGCGCCCAGCGACCCAACCCUACGGAGGAACCUCCCUCUCCCCCGCCCUCCCCCGCCACAGAGCCAAUCAACUCAGAGGAAGGGCCGGACGACGCGGCCGACCCCGCCCUCGACGAGACCUCGGACCCCUCCACCGCAUGACUCCUGUCCGGCUGUCCCCUCUCCUUGCGCUCCCUGUUCUCUUACUCCCUCCCCCUCCAGAGUCAGAGAUCUCAUUUGCUCCCUGGGUGUUAUGUGGCACGGCCCUCCCCCCUCCCCCCUCCAGGCUAGAGCACAGUUCCAGCACAGGUUUUUGGUCAUUAGCUUCAAACAGCUUGCACCGUUGUUGGCAAGGUUGCAUCAGAGAGAAGGCUGUCUGUGCUGUCUCUUUGUCUCAUCAACUGAAAGUAAUACUAAUCCACCGCAAGUAUUAAUCUGAGGUUUUAGCAAAGUAACCUCAGGGCUCAGAAUGCUUUAAAAAGGCUGCGAUGGUACUGUGAUGAUAAAGACACAGUAACCAAAAACCUGCCCUGUCACUGUUAAUGAGGAUGACCUUGGCAUAUCCCAGCUCUCUCAACAGUCACUCAGCACUUCAACACUGAUCAAAUGGGCUUGUCAGUGAGGCCCUUAACCUCUUUGUGUGUGUGUGUGUGUGUGUGUGUGUGUGUGUGUGUCUGUGUGUUUUUGUGGUUAUGUAACCAUCAAGGUCUCUCCUAACAGUACAGUAUCUGAGGGCCUUCCCUGUGUUUGACUUGUUAGUAUUUACUCACAGAACGAGCAAAGUCUAGAAGGGAAACUUUGUGUGAGUGCUGCUUUAGACAGGCUGGGACUUGCCAAGGGCAAAAACGAUUGGUCGCUCAUGUGCUUCUCCCGCACAUGCUUCUUGCAAAAUGCAAUGCAUGGGUGUACUGCAAUGCAUUCUGGGAUGUAUCGGCAGAUUUUACAGAUAGGGUUUGAGUGUUUUAAUAGAUAACUUUGGUGAUAACUGUAUGGUUUUGUGGUUGUGUGUGUGUGUGUGUGUGUGUCCAAAUGUCCUGCCCUGUGAAUAUGUGUAGGAGAAUGGUGAACAUAUGAAAGGGAUUGCUUGAAUGGUUUCUGCAUUGAAAAGAUUAAAAAAAAAGAUUCAAAGAGCAAGGUGUGUGUUUGUGUGUGUGUGUGUGUGUGUGU